CAGUGGGAGAGGACCAGGAUACCCCUCCCUCCUACUGAAAUAUCACAUCAAACCAUAACAAGAUGGCCUCCUUGUCAGUGGAUCCAGUGACGGAGCCACGGAUGUACCAGCAAACGCUCCUACCAGAUGGGCUCUGUGAUCUCCUGGAUGCUAACAAGUUUGUGGACUGCGUUCUGAAGAUCAAAGACAAAGAGUUUCCUUGUCAUCGGCUAGUGCUAGCCGCUAGCAGCCCUUACUUCAAAGCCAUGUUCCUUUCAGACCUGGAAGAGAGCAAAAAGCGGGAGAUUGUUCUAAAAGACAUCGAACCUGGAGUCAUGGAAAUGAUCCUGAGGUACAUAUACACCUCGGAUAUCAACCUGACUGAGCAUAACGUCCAAGACAUUUUCAUGGCAGCCAACAUGUACCAGAUUCCAUCAAUCUUCAGCGUGUGUGUCUCGUAUCUGCAGCAGAAGCUGGUUCUUGGUAACUGUCUGGCCAUCUUUAGACUGGGACUGUUGCUGGACUGUCCACGUUUGGCUAUGGAGGCUCGGGACUUCAUCUGUGACCGUUAUGCCCUCAUCAUUCGGGACCAGGACUUCCAUCAGUUGGGUCCCAGCGAGUUGGCGGCUAUCAUCACAUGUGACUCUCUGAAUGUGGAACGAGAAGAGUUGGUGUUUGAAUCUCUCAUGGACUGGGUGGAGUUCGACACGGGAGAGAGAUUGAAUGACCUGCCGCAACUUCUACACUGCGUACGUUUCCGUCUUAUACCGACGAGUUACUUUAAAGAGAAAGUCGAGGGCCACAGAUUGAUCAGGACAAAUCAGGAGCUCAAGAAGGAGCUUCAGAUCGUCAAGGAUGCACAGAAAGGAGUGCUACACAGGGUCAAAAGGGUCAAGAAGGAAGGCGAGACAGCAGAUUCUGAGGACGAGGAUGAGGAGGGUAUGCUGCCAGGAAUCCUAAAUGACAAUCCACGUUUUGGAAUGUUUCAAUCAGACCUUUUAUUAAUGAUUAGCGAUACAGGAGCGGUAGCAUAUGACGUUGACGCAAACGAGUGCUUCAUGGCAUCUUCAUCCACCGAGAUCCCUAAGAACCAUUGCAGUCUUGUCACAAAGGAAAAUCAGAUCUUUGUUGCUGGAGGUCUGAUGUACAACGAAGAGAACAAAGAACAGCCGUUCAGUUCCUACUUUCUUCAGUUUGAUCCCAUGAGCUCUGGAUGGUUGGGGAUGCCCUCACUACCAGACCCUCGGUGUCUGUUCGGUCUGGCGGAGGCUGAGAACUCCAUCUAUGUGGUGGGAGGAAAAGAGCUGAAGGAGGGAGAACGUGCUCUAGAUUCUGUUAUGAUCUACGACAGACAGUCAUUCAAAUGGGGAGAGUCAGACCCUCUUCCAUACGCAGUUUAUGGACAUGGAAUUGUUUCACACAAAGGACUGGUCUAUGUGAUAGGUGGCAAAACUGAGAGCGAGAAAUGCCUGAGGAGAGUAUGUGUCUAUGACCCCUCUAAGUUUGAAUGGAAGGAUCUGGCACCCAUGAAAACCGCCCGCUCGCUGUUUGGCACUGCUGUUCACAAAAACAAAAUCUAUGUGGUGACUGGAGUCACUGAUAACGGCCUGACUAGCAGUGUGGAGGUCUAUGACAUCGCCAGCAACUUCUGGUCAGAGUUCGUGGAGUUUCCUCAGGAGAGAAGCUCUCUUAACCUGAUCGAACUGGGCGGCUGCUUGUAUGCUGUGGGGGGUUUUGCUAUGAUGCCCAAUGAGACCACAGAAAAACUGGAGCCCACUGAAAUGAAUGACAUAUGGAGGUUUGAGGAGGAGGAGAACUGCUGGAAUGGGAUCCUGAGGGAGAUCCGUUAUGCUGCAGGGGCCACAGUGGUUGGAGUGAGUCUGAACACCUUGAGACUCACAAAGAUGUGAUCUACAGCUGUCAUCUAUUGACAGAAUACACAGUAAACAAUGUCACCCACAUCUUCAUAAAAGAGCAAUACAUAUUCCAUUGAAUCAUUUGUCACAGAUUUAUAGUUAGUUUGUUAUUGAUCUUAGCAGUGUUUGAUGCUGCUGUUCCAAGAAAACUCAGCAGAUGGAGACAAACACAAGACCAUUUUUUUUUCAUAAGAAUGCUUUGUUAGUCAUUUUGGGUAAUUAGAUGUUGAAUAAUUUGACUUAUUUAAAUAACCAUGUACAUUGAUUUCUAUCAUUCUAUUAUGUUAUUUUAGAUGACAACUACAAUUGAACAUUUUGCAAUUAUGACCAAGUACAAUGUUCUUACAUUAAAAAAAGAGAAAUAAAUGGCAGUGACUGAACAAUAACCUAAUCUACUGUAGACAAUGACCAAACUAAAAAACACGAACAACAAAACACAAUCGUCUGUGGUAAAUGUUAACACAAAUAUUGUCAUACACCCUCCAAAGCCACAUGAAAAUAAAAAAAGUAAAGGUGAAAGAAUACAAGGAUUUUCUAUUCUGUAUGCCAUCGGAUACUGCUUGACAUCAUGAUGGGUCCUGGAUGGAGCUUCAGAGUCAUUUUUUCAUCAUGAAUAAUAUAACAGCUAGUGCUGCGAACACAAACACUCUGGAAUAAAGAGAUCUGAACACCUCUCGGGUUUUGGAACAUUGUGCAUAGACCAAAAUAUUCAUAUAAUUACAUAGAAAUUAAAACAUUACAGCAAUAAAAUAAGAUUGCAAUU